GCCCUCUGACCUCACAGCCCCUGGCCCCAAGUCCCUCCCCAGUACCCACAGCCACCAGCCACAUAGAGGUGUCAUGGAGCUAGCACCCUUUGACAUGUGGAGGGACUACUUUAACCUGAGCCAGGUGAUACUGACUAUAAUCCAGGGCCGGAGCCAAAGGCUGGUGGGUAAAGGAGCUGAAGUUCCCACCCCCAGACCCCAGGAGAAGAGUGAACAGGAGCCGGGGGUCUCUGGGAGUCUGGCUACCCUAUGCAACUUCUGCAAGCACAAUGGAGAGUCUCGUCACGUCUAUGCCUCACACCAGCUGAAGACACUGGAAGGCGUGGUGGUGUGUCCCAUCCUGAGGCAUUAUGUGUGUCCCCUGUGUGGGGCCACCGGGGACCAGGCUCACACGCUCAAGUACUGUCCACUCAACAGCAGCCAGCAGUCCCUCUACCGUCGUGGUGGACGAAACUCCGCUGGACGCAAAGUCAAGCGAUAAGUAAGACCCACGAGGUGCCUAUCACCCACACCCCCAAGCCCUCCUUGCUCUGGCCCUGGUACCCUCCUCCCCUCUGCUCACCCAGCCCUAUGGGGGUUCCUGGAUCCCCCUGUUCUCUGUGCCUUCAGGAUCCUGAAACAUUGGCGGUUGCUGGCAGCCGGGUCCACCUGUCUCAGAGAUUCCUGACACUGUGAGAGCUGUUCUCCAUGGACCCUGCAACGUGGUGGCUUCUUUUGGAUUGUGACAGCCUGCUGGUGAUACUAAGCUAGCCUUGUUGACUUCUCAGAUCCCCUGUAAAUAUCCCUUGGGGGAAACCCUUGGACUCUCCACCGUACAGAAUCCCAGCGUGCUCUGACAGGCUAGUCGUCAGAAUCUGGGGACAGUGCCAGAGAUUGGCCGGGACCUGAGAACUUGAUGUUGGUACUGACUGUGAGAUCAUCCAUCUGUCUUCACCUUCUUCAGCAUCUGCAGACCCAGGCUUCUCCAUGGACCAUUCAAGUUCCUUGAACAUGCCAUCCAGCAGGAACU